AUAGAAGGUCCCGUUGCUAUGACUCCCGUAGCCCCGCCCCCCGCUGUCCCUAGCGCCGCUCCCGGGGCCCAAGCGGCCGCGGCUGCCUCCCGCCCGCGCCGCAUGGAGGAGCCCGCGCGGGAAAAAGUACAGGUGGAAGACAUACUUGAGAGGCUCAAGGAAGAAGGAAUCAACCCUUCAGCUUCUGCAGAUGAGCAACUUUGUUAUGUUUGGCAAUUAUUCCUGCGUAAUGAAGACAAGUUACUGUCUGCUAGUCAGGACUUAGAGAACCUCAGACAACAGCAAGCAGAAGAAAUGAGAGAGGUGGAGAAUUAUGUGGGCCAUGUCCGUAGCCUCACAGCAGAGCGAGACGCUUUCACCACUGAGUUUGAAAAAGAAAAUGAACAACUCAGAAUUGAGUUUACACAACUGCAACUCCAGCAGGAAGCCCAGCUGAAGGAGGUGGAGGAAAUGCUGGAACAGGAAGGCUUGUCUGAGAUAGCUCACAGCAGUCCCAGUGAACAAAUUGCUUAUUUACUGGUAGAAAGAACUACGCUGCUGGAGAAACUAGAGAUUGCAGAUCAAAGGCUGGAUUCGCAUAGCUACAUAGACGGACUGUGUGCAGCACAACUUCAGGUAUCAAACUCCUCAAUGGAUAAGUUUGAUAAUAUCCACCAAACGUUAGAAGAUGAACUUCAGCAACAACGCGAAUCCAUGCAACAUACUAAAGAGACAAUGAAUAAGUCCCAUAAUGAAGAGCUGGAAAGAGAGAAAGUGUUACGAAAGCGGGUUGAGCAAGACCUGGAUGAGGCCGCACGGAGGCUGCAGAUGGCUCACGAAGAGAUCCGCAGGCUAACAGAUGAACUGGACAUGCAGAAAAAGGAGCAAAGCAAACUGGAUCCUGCUUUGCGGCUGGCCUCACAAACAUCUGAGAGCUGGAGAGAAGAGAUGAAUAAGCUGAAAGACAGUGAUAGGACUGAACUGCAGAAGGCCAUGGAACACAACAACAGACUGGACAAGGAAAUUCUGGCAUUGCGCAGUCGGGUCCGAUCGCUUGACUCAGAAAGAAAAGUGUUCCUAGAACUGGUUGAAAAGCUCAAAGAAGAGAUUUGUGAGUAUCAAAAGAAUGAGAAACCAGGACCUGUAUUGCCUGGAAUAGAUGAAACAGAAGAAAACGCAUGUUGCUCACUGCAGAUGCAGGAUAAAAAGGAUCCAGCGAGGUUUGAAGAAGAGUGUGCUAUUGACAAAGCUGACUCAGGUCAGGAAAGAAGAGAUCAGAAUAACGAGACUGUUCAUAAAAGGUGCCGAAAGGUAAUAGAUGACAUUGAGGGCAGGAAUUUUCAGCUCCUGCACAAGCUACAGAAGCUGCAGCGGGAACAUGAGGAUUUGGUUGAACGUAAUGAAGAGUUAGAAUCGAUUCUGGGAGAGACUCAGAACCAAACCAGAGAAGAGAGAGAACAUCUUGAGGGUGAGAUCGAAGGACUUCACAGGAAAAUCACAAGUUUAGAGACAGAGUUACUCAAAGCACAGAUGAAUAAAACUGAAGCCAGCAUGAAAGAUCAAGAAACAACUAAAAAAGUGCAAGAUUUCCAAGAGAUGCUGAAAAGCCACCAGGAGAAGGUUGAAGUACUUGAAAGUAAAUUAUCAGAGGAGAGAGAUUGGAGAAAGCAACUUGCAUCUGACCUUGAAAAGACACAGAAAGCUUUGAAGGCUGAAAAAAAGGAAUUAUAUAAUUCAAAAUCAGAGCUCGUGAGUCUUUAUAAUGAGCUCCAGAAUCUCCGAGGUGCGGCAGAAGAAAGAGAUUUCCUUAAUGUAACCCAUGAGAAAUUACAGCAAGAAAAUACUUUAUUGGAAACAAAGGUCUCGAAGCUCUCACAGGAAUGUGAACAGUUAAACCAGCUUGUAGUGAAACAGAAAAUAGAUGAAAACUUUACAAGUGAAACGACAUAUAAAGAGCUUAUGACUAAAGCAAGAAUAUUGGAAGAACAGAUCCAAAUCCUGGGAGGGGAGAGAGAGCAAUUAUGUACCAAGCUAUUAGAAAGCAACAAGAAAACCAAGGAGUUAGAAAAGGAGGUGAAGGGGAGCAAUGAAGAAAAACAACUGUUACUGGAAGAAAAUGCCCAGCUAAGACAAGACAUACUGGCUACAAGGGAAGAAUUUCACAGCAAGAUAGAAGAGGCUGUAAGCAUUAAAUCUGAGACGAGCCGAGAGAACCAGCCUCUCAAACCCAAGAACUCUGAAUGUAACACAGCAUUAAACAUGAGCAUUAAACAGUAUUUGUCUGGAGAGAGACUCCUGCAGCAGCAUCAGGAGGAAAUGCAACAAUUGCGACAGGAUUUCCACAGAGUUCAGAAUUUGUGCAGCUCGGCUGAGAAAGAGCUGAGAUAUGAAAGGGAGAAAAACUUGGACUUAAAGAAGCAUAAUAUCUUGCUCCAGCAAGAAAGCACCAAGGUCAAAGCUGAACUGAGACAAGUCCAGUUGAAGUUAACCAACUCAACCAAAAUGUGCUCCUCUCUCACAGUACAAUGGGAGAACAGUCAGCAGAAGGUCAAAGAACUUGAACUAGAGCUGCUGAAGCACUCCCAGAGUAGUAAACUGCAGAGCAGUCUGCAGGAGAAACUUGCACUGGAGAAAUCUAGGGCUACUGAUGCAGAGAAAAAGGUUUUGGAGCUACAACAAAAACUGAAGGAGUCCCAUCACCAGCUCCGCCUAACUGAGACCCACGUUUUGGGCAGGAAGCAAAUGGAGGAGGAGUUAAAGGAGGCCCAAGAAAGGGAAACUCAGCUGCAGCGGCAGCUCCAGGAAGAGCAGCGGAAAAGGAAGCUCCUGGAUCAGCAUGCAGAGGAGCUGCAGCAACAGCUCAGACACUCACAUGAGACUGAGACUUUGCUGGCCAAGACUCAGGCUGAGCUGCAGGUCAGGUUUCAGCAGCAGGAGGCACAACUGCAUAUAUUAGAGGAUGAAAAAAAACCAGCAUCAGAUGAGCAUCUCCAUUGUCAAAAAACCAAUCAGAACCUUUCAGAGCAGCUGUCGCUGUUGCAGCAGGAGAAGGAAAUCCUCCACGAGGAAUAUGAUCGUCUCCUGAAGCAGCUCGAUAUCUACGUCAGGAAACACAAUGAGCGGCAAGUCCGCCAUAAAGCCAAGCUCCGCAGAGCCAAGGAGACGUUUGUUCAUGAAGUGAAGCAAAGAGAUGUGAGGAUUAAACAGCUUGAAAGUGAAAUUGCGCUGUCCAGGAGCCAGGCGGGAAAGGAACAUGCAUUGAUCAGACAGAUCACCACGGAAAAUGAGAAUUUGCUCCAAGAGAAAAGAGAACUCUUACAGCAGCUUAAUGAACAGGAAGAAGUUGGACAGAACAACAAAUGGAUCAUUUCCACAAUCCAGAACAGAGUGCAGUUCCUGGAUGAAGAAAACAAGCGACUCCAGGAAAGCACCCUGCAGCUUUCCAGUCAGGUUGGCAUUCUAGAACGUACUCUAAGGAACAUCCAGACCCACAGCUUAGAGGACUUCGGGAGCAUUGGCUUCUCUGAAUGCCAGCUGCUAAGUAAGAUGUUGCCACGUCCAAACACAAGCUUCUCAGCGACAGGGCUGCCAAACUCCCUUGGCAUUCUGAGAGCCAUCCAAGAUGUCAAGCCUGAAGAAGGAACCAAGACCCCAAAGUCCCUGUUUUCCUUAUCACCUUCUCAGCCUUCUGAAAUUGGUUAUUUAAAUGUGGCUUCACCUGGAGACCGCACAAACUUCCCAACGCAGCCCCAGAGUCCCAGCUUCAGCUGCGAUAGUGUCUAAGAGGGACUCCAAGGAGCUGCUCUCUGAUUGGACUGUGGCUGAGGGUUUCCUGCUGCAGUGGGCCACGUAUCCAGCCAGAUCAGUAUGUGUCCAGUAACUCGUUCAAUGAAUUUUGUGAUUUUUCUCAGCUGUUAUUUGACAGCUGUUGUGUCAAUCACUUGCCCAGCUCUAGCAUCUCAUCCCAGAUCGCCCUGGAAUUUUUACAUUCACAGAUUUAAUUCAUUAAAAGGUUUUUUUAAAAGGGGUGUUUGUCAUUUGGUCUCAAUUCCUUGUGUGAUCUAGAUACAUUCACGGGCCGGGGUCCCGAUCCUGCCUCCUGCCAGGGCCAGAUUAAACUUUUGUGGGCCUUACACCAA